CGUGGAGUGUUACACGUAAAUACACAAUCGUGUCAAUUUAACUAGAUAUAAAGCCAACACAUCGAAUAAAAAUGUUAGAUUUCUUUAAAAAGCGCACCUCAGAGAAAAGUAGCAUAGAAUAUCAAUACAAACUGUGUUGGUCUAUGAUAAAAUGUCUUCUCUAGUACUUAUAAACACACAUCUUACAAGUACUAUUACCAGCACUUCCAGUUCUACUUGUUCUUGUUGUGAUAAUACUAAUACUAGUAAUAGUACUACAAGUGAACAUAAUAUUGAUUUUCAAAGAUAUAACAGUUGUAAACUUGGACAUUUUUUUUCGUCGCGUGAAAGUGAUCAGUUCGAACAAGCUGCGGUCGAGCAGAGAACCUUUAAUGUUUUUCGGUCUGGAGAAAAAGAUGAUAUCAAUGAAAACGAUAUUUUUCAGUUUUUGACGUCCAUACAGAACUUACUGCUUAAGUAUAGAAUGUACAGUAAAUCACAAGCUGGCAAUGUCAGUUCGGGAGGAUUGCAACAGUUCAUCACAAGAAAGCUUCAGCUAAAGUUUGGAAACAGUGGAAGCCUAACACAAAGACUCAAAGCAUUGUAUUUAAAAGAUGAAUCAAUUAUUUCUUUUUCUAAUGAUUCUAAUUAUGGUGAUUCAAGUUUUAUUCAGUGUCUACCAAUAAAUUUGAAGUAUGAGAUAUUUUCAUACCUGGAUGCGAGAUCAUUAUGCAUGGCAUGUUGUGUUAAUCGAGAAUGGAGUCAGUUAACUUGUGAUGACUUACUGUGGAGGCAUCUGCUUCAGAAAGAUGUCAAAAGCUGGAGUCAGAUUUCUCAUAUGACAAAUCCAAAAAUGUAUCAGGAAGUAAAUUCAGAAUGGUCACUUAAAGAAAUAUAUUUAAAGUGUUCACCUGAAUUUCAAAAACAGCUCAGGCAAUCCAACUCCACAUUCCAUCAAGUGUCAUCAGUUUUAAAAUAUUUUGUGCCUAAAAAAGUGCCUAAAGUUGCCAUGUUUGGCCCAGGUCUUGAACAGUCAACUAGUGCUAUUGUACGACGCAUGCUGUAUGAAGAUAACCCCACAUUUCUAAGAACAGCCAUGUUUCCUGGUCAAUUUGAUGGAGUUGGUGGUGGAAUGACUUUAAAAAUGCCAACAGGACAUUCCAUGCAUUUGUCAGUUUUAUAUUCAGCCUCUAAACAUGAAAGAGAAAACAGAAAUGCUCAACAAAGAGUAGAAAAUAACAGAAUGCUACAGGCACCAAUAGAUCAAAGAGAAGAUGACCCCCAAUAUGAACUAAAGACACAAAUCAAACAUUUUUGUCAAAUUCUUGAUGGUUUCAUAUUUGUAGUGGAUGCUUCAGAAACAAGAGACUCUGUUGAGAGUGGGUGCUUUGAACUGAUGGCAAUGGUCAAGGAGCGCAAAAUGGCUCACCACAUUCCUGUUCUGAUUUUAUCAUGUAUUAAAGAUGAAGUCAGCUCUCGUAUUCCUGCAGUUGAAAUAGCUGAACUUCUCAAGUUAUCAACAUUAUCUCAGCCUUGGCUAGUCAUGGACUGUAUUGCAGAGACACUCAACGCAGUGGACACAGGUGUUAUGUGGUUGAUAGACCAAUCUCAGAUUCAUUAAAAUUAACAUAGUUAACCAAUUUAGUCUCCCAGUCUUUGUAUAUUUUCUCAUAUUUGUUAAAUUCUUAAGAAAAUCAAUGUAUAAAUAUUUCAUGUCACAAUAUCCAAUAGUUACAGUUACAUUGUAGUUUUGAAGUAAACUAAGACUAAAUGACUGCCAUUUUACAUUCUAUUUUAAUAAAUCAAUGCAUACCAAGCAUUUUAAAGCACAUCUCAUCUAUAUUUAAUGUCUUUACCAAGACAAACCAAAAUCAGUUAAUUUGUUAUUAAAUGAGAUGUAUAGAAGAAAAUGCAUUAAAAAUGUAUAAAGGCCUGAUGAAAAUUGUUUUAAAAUAACAUACAAAGGAAAUGUUAAAGCUUCUGUAUGAUGAAUUUUUAAAUGUAAUUUAAAAAUACUUCUGUUGACUCUACAAUUCAUGUGAUAUUUUUGUUUUUUUCUACCAAGACAUGUAUAUACUUUAUACAAUUUAUCUUUAGAUUAUUAAAAGUCAUUGUACAUAUU